GGCUUCUCGCGCACGUGGAGCCACGGAGAACCAUGUUUGCCUUAGCACUGCCAGAACCUGGUGUCAUCAAACGCUCUAGAAGCCGAUUAUUCUCCAGUCUCCCCCUCCGAUUUCGUCAAAAAAAUCCUGCCCCUUGGGCUCCCGCAUCUCGAGAUCGAUCGUCUGGUUCCCUUCCUUACUGAUUAACCAGCGCGCCCGGCUCCUAUCAGCUGGCACUUGGACCCGGAGCUGAUCACCAGAGCUCGCACUCACGGACGCUCCCAUGGAAGGAGAAGCAGGAGGAUCCACCGUCGCCGGUUCCCCAAACACAAGCAGGGUUGCUGUGGUGACCGGCGGGAACAAGGGGAUCGGGCUGGAGGUGUGCAGGCAGCUGGCGGACCACGGCAUCACCGUCGUCCUCACGGCCAGGGACCAGGCCAGGGGCACGGCGGCCGUCGAAUCGCUAGGCCGGCUCCCCGGGGACGUCAUCUUCCACCAGCUGGACGUCACGGAUGACCAGAGCGCCCAGCGGCUCGCCGGUUUCUUGAACACUCGUUUCGGGAAGCUUGACAUCCUGGUGAAUAACGCGGCCAUUGGCGGGGUUGAGUCCCUAACUCCUGAUGGCUCAGCGCCCGGCGACGACAAGUUCAAAGGAAUGGAUGCGCGGCAAAGACUGGAGUGGAUGAGAAACAACUGCCGGGAGACUUACGAAGAUGCAAAGCAGGGCCUCGAAACCAACUACUACGGCACGAAGCGGGUCACCGAAGCUCUCCUUCCCCUGCUCCUCAAAUGCUCCUCCCCCGGAAGAAUCGUCAACGUCUCCUCCAACUUCGGUUUGCUAAGACUUUUCGGCAGCGAGGAGCUGAGGCGGGAGCUGGACGACAUCGAGAACCUGACGGAGGCGAGGCUGGACGAGCUGCUGGCGGCGUUCAUGGAGGACAUGGAGGCCGGCGGCUUCGCGAAGGCGGAGGCGCGAGGGUGGCCGGCGGGAGGGUUCACGGCGUACAAGGUCGGCAAGGCCGCCGUGAACGCCUACUCGAGGAUCCUGGCGAAGAGGCAUGAGUCCGCGUCGUCGCUGCUCGUCAAUUGCGCGCAUCCGGGCUAUGUUAAGACUGACAUGACCACCAACUCGGGGAUCCUGACGCCUGAGGAAGGCGCGCGUAAUGUCGUGGAAGUCGUGAUGUUGCCCGAUGGAGCGCUCACCGGAGCUUACUUCGCUGAGGGCGCGCAGGCUCCGUUCGUGUGAUGGCAUUAGCAUGAUGUCCGUUUCUUGCUACGGAACGACAAAUAAUAUCGGGAUGUCCGUACCUUGAUAUGGAACAAUAAAAAUAAUAACGAGGCAUUUGCUUUUACUGAAGAGAUUCGCGGCCCUUAAACCAUACAUAUUGUAUUGUUGAAAGCAAGGUGCAAUUUGUCGCUAAUUUUUUUGAAUAAUAUUUGUCACUAAUUUA